AGGUGAAAGAGAUUCUUCGAAACCCUCGCCCUCUAAUUUUUCAAUAAUUUUAUUUUAUUUUUUCAAUUUAUUUCAGAAAUUUCUCCAUGGUGGUGGUUGAGUUUUCCGGCGAUUUCAUCAUGAAUUUCAACGGCGUUCUGUCCGAGCUUCAGCCGUAGACGCCGGAAUCUCUGGCAUUCCGAAACGCCGUUGCUACUCUGCUCUUGUUCUUCGUCUAUGGCAUCGGCUGUUUUGGCUAGCAGGAAUGAACCACAUUGGAGUGAACGGAAGUUAUGUAUGAGUGAAUUCAACCCAAAUUCCACCACCAAUAACCCUCAUUUUUAUGGCCGAAUCAACCCUAACCCUAACCCUAACCCUAACCAUAGCCAUUGUUCAUUUAACCCUAGCCUUAGGGCUAGUAGCAGUUUCGGCGUUGCCGCCAAACCUCAGCGCCGGCACUUUAAUCAUCAGUCGCAGAGGUCCGUACCGCCGCUGCCGGAACGUUUGAUUGAUCGCAAUGACUCCUUCCAUAGAGAGUAUGUGACCUUUAAUCUGGGUUCCUACUCGAGACGGGAGAUUAAGGAGCUGAAACAGCGCUUGAUCUUCGAUCUGGAGCGGGUCCAGGGCGUUUUGAAGAGGUUGGAGACCCUAGAGUUCGAAGCGAGAGCUUCAUUCCAUGGUUUGCAGCGGGGAGAAGCUCCAGAGCCCCCAUCGCCACCGAAACUGCCGCAACCGCCGCGGCUUCAAAUGAAUCAGCCCGGAAUGGAGGUUUUUCCCGAGAAUCAAGCACCAAAUGGCUUGGGGCAUCAUUUUCAGAGUUCUGAGAUUUCUGGUGCGAAGAACAAGGGUAAAAGCAAGUCCUCUGGUAAAAAGAGAGCAUUUCCAGACGCCGCAGAAGGAGAUCAUCCGCGAAAAGCAGCUAAAUUGGAUGGGGCUGAGGUUAGUAUGAUGAGGAGGUGCGCGCAGAUCUUAACAAAGCUAAUGAAGCACAAGUUUGGGUGGGUUUUCAACUCACCUGUUGAUACUAAGGGUUUGGGGCUUCAUGACUAUCACGUGAUCAUUAAGCACCCGAUGGAUCUCGGAACGGUGAAAUCACGGCUGGAGAGUUGUCAAUACGAAACGCCCUUACAAUUUGCCGGUGAUGUUAGACUCACAUUCAAGAAUGCCAUGAUCUAUAAUCCCAAGGGUCAGGAUGUGCACGCCAUGGCGGAACUUUUGCUCAAGAAUUUUGAUGAUAUGUUCACAUCAGCUUAUCGGAAGUAUGAAGCAGAGCUUAAGAAGGCUGUUGCAGCUCAAAAGAAUGUUAGGGCUCAACCAGAGCGAAUUGUGGCUUCAAGAUCACCUGAGCCAAUGCUCAUUGCCAAAAAUUCUGACAUGGGAAGCUUAUUAGAUCCUCAUCCUCUUCUCGUUUCAAAUGCGCCUGUUUCUGUGCCUGCAGAAAAGCCUUCUCUACCGCCAUUGGUGCUUCCAAGGUCGGGUAAAUUGCCAAAGCCCAAGGCUAAGGAUCCAAACAAAAGACAGAUGACUUUUGAGGAGAAGGCAAGGUUGGGGAUUGAGCUGCAGAACCUGCCGCAGGAUAAAAUGGAUCACAUGAUGCAAAUCUUAAGGAAGAGGAAUUCUUCUGUGUCAACUGAGGGUGAUGAGAUUGAACUUGACAUUGAGGCACUUGACAAUGAAACACUAUGGGAACUGGAUAGGUUUGUGGGCUAUCAGAAAAAGGCUUUAAACAAGAUGAUGAGGCAAGGCCUAAUUUCAGGUGCUUCCCAAGAGAAUAUCAUUGCAGAAGCUCCAGGAGUAGGAGAGAAUGUCAGCAAUUUCACAGGAAAUGUGCCUACAACACCAAACCUUGUGGUACAUAAAGACCAGAAAGAUGAAGCUGGUGAAGAGGAUGUUGAUAUUGGGGAAGAAAGUCCAAUCAAUAACUUCCCCCCAGUGCAGAUUGAGAAGGAUGUCAGUAGAUCAAGCAGCUCCAGCUCCAGCUCCAGCAGUGACUCUUCUUCCAGUGAUUCAGAUUCAGGAAGCUCUUGUGGGAGUGAUUCUGAUGAGGAUAGUGUACAGUUGCAAGAGACCUCUAAAAUGUGUGAUUCUUGAUGGGUUUUCAAUGUUGAGAAGUGGUGGGUUUAGGGCAGACAGGGUUUAUGGUGUCUUUCAUUCUGUUCUGAGUUAUGUGAUUUGCAGAUUUGGUAUGGAAGGUGAAGAAUUGAAGCAGUUCUAUGCAGGCAGGGAGGCUUAAGGUGUAGUAUUUGUAAAGAGUGACCAAAAUUAGAGACUAGGUGGAGGGUAGGUAACUGAGAUGGGUUUUUUUUGUUAUCAAUGGCAGAGUAGGAUGUUAGUGAGGAACUUGCAGAAGAGUUCCUAUAGGUAUGGUCAGUAGUUGGGACAAUUGUUUUGUUUGUUUAUAAAAAAAAUCAUAGUCCUUAGGAACAUAGAAGUAAUAUGUACAGGAGAAUGAAAUGGCUGGCUGGCUUGCAUGUAUUAGCCCAAAAUGAAUGAAGGCAACUAGCAUUUUCUUUAUCCAA